ACAGCUCACAGCUGAUGCUUCUCCGAUGCUGUGUCAGUUCGAAGUGAUCGUUCCAGUGAGGUGCAAGUGCGCUGACAAGCAAGCUAAUAACCGGAAGAGAUGAGUUUCCCAGGAAGGAUUGCUGCGAUACUGGUUGCCUUGGUGACCACGUGCUACGGCGGUGGCCAACUGCGAUUCCCGUACGGUGACACCAACUUCAGUCUCAGCGUCUACAAGGCCGCCUUCAAUCCGGAGCGCAACAUCGUUGUCGCACCGUUCGUGUUGCGCAACAGCAUAGCGAUGCUGUACUCGAUUGCAACCGACACGACACAGGUACGGUUGCGGGAGGUUUUUGGACUGCCGACCAACUUUACCGAGUUUUUGACGAACCAGAAGGAGCUGCACUACAUGCUCGGCGGAGGUGGCGAUGGCUUCCGGAUGCGGAAUCGAAUUAUUCUGAACGGGCUCCGUGAGGUGGACGUGCACAUGAGGGACGUAAUGAAGGAGGAUCUGGACACGACGCUGGUGUAUUUCGAUUUCUCCCAACGGGAAGGAGUAGUGAGACGAGUGAAUCAUUUCCUGAACUUCAACACGAAUCGAAUCAUAAACGAGAUGGUGAACCUGGACGAUAUUCCGAAGCAUUUGCAAGUGGUUCAGCUGUGCUCGGCAUCGUUCAAGCCUCCGUUUGCGAGUGCCUUCGAUACGAAGGAUACAAUGCCGAGGGAUUUCCGGAGCGGAAUGAUAGAAAAGUUGUACACUACGAUGACGAUGUUCAAAAAGGGAGAUUUUAAAUUUUCCCGUAUUCCUGAGCUGGAGAUAGAGGUGCUUGAGUUGCCUUUUGUUAAGUCGAGUGACGCCGUCAUGUGGCUAAUGCUACCGGAUAGGGAGGCGUCGCUGGAGACGAUCAUGAAAGCUCUCGAGCCGGGUCACUUUGACGCGAUUCAGGCGCAUUUCCAGAUCAAAAGAGCGGAGAUUACCGUCCCACUGUUCCACAUAGAAUCGGAGUUCAACGCAACGGAAUUCUUGCGGCAGUCUAUGGGGCUGGAGGUGCUGUUCAAGCAGCGGGACUUGAGAAUCUUCGAAGAUGUUGAUUCUUCGCUGGACAGCGUCCUGCACCGAGCUGGGAUGCGGUUCUACGAGAAAACUGCCGACGCCGGUGGAGCGACCGUGGUGCGAGGUUUCAACAAGCGAAGUGCCAAACGGAGCUCCCCGUAUCAGUUCGUUGUGGCACGAUCGUAUCUGUUUGUGAUAGUGAAGAAAACGAAUAAACAAAUCCUGUUCAUGGGGCAUCUCUACAAGCCAGACGACCUGAUGGAAGUUUGAGUAGGAUGCGGUGUUACAAAAGUGGA